CUCAUUCAUUCAUGGUUACCAUCAUCGCAGCGCCAUGAGGACACUCUUGAUCCUCCUCACCUCUCUCUUUGUCGCUGCGCAGGAACUGGAGGGUCUCGACGUGUAUGAGGCGGCGCUGUCUCGGAUAGCGGCGGUCACGUCCGCCGCUGCGGCCAGAUCCUCUGCGUCACCUGCGUACUUCCCGGAGCUGGAGCGGCGCGAGGACAUAUGCUACUACGACCCAUGGCGGGCUCUGCACGUGCCUUGCGUGUGUACGGAGGAUGUGUCGGCUGAUUCCGGGCCAGCAACUGGCCUGGCCACGGGGCCAGCAGAUCACGAGGCUGGCAACUUAACCCAGAAGGCGCCGAACGCUCUCAACGCCUCCGACACCCACAAUGCGUCCGAGAUUCUCAACGCCUCGGAGGUCCCCUUCGAGUCCUUUGAAGACUGGAAGCGCAGCCGCGAGGCGCGAGCCGCUGAGCCCGCGCAGUCGGACAACGCCUCGGAGUCAUCUCUUCCGCACACAUCAUCUGUGAACGCGACGGAACACAACACGACCCUACCCCCUCCUCCUCCUCCCAGCGCCGCGCCACGUCACAAGGGCCACCGGUACAACUACGCGUCUCCAGACUGCUCUGCCCGCGUGCUCGCCUCCUCGCCGCUCACGCAGCACGCGAGCUCGCUCCUGCACAAAUCUCGCGACCGGUACAUGCUCACGCCCUGCCGCGCGGAAGAGCACUGGGCCGUCGUGGAGCUGUGCGAUGAGAUCCGGGUGGAGGCGGUCGAGCUCGCAGUGUGGGAGUUCUUCUCCGGCAUCGUGCGGUCUGUGAAGGUCAGCGUCGCGGACGACGCCGAGGGCGAGUGGGAAGUUGUCGCAGAGUUCGUGGGGAAGAACGUGCGGGGCGCGCAGACGUUUACCCUCCCCGAGCCCACGUCGUUCCACCGCUUCCUGCGCCUCGACUUCCCCUCAUUCUACGGGAGCGAGUUCUACUGCCCUGUGUCGCAACUCAAGGUCUACGGCAUGAACCAGAUGGAAGCGUUCAAGAUGGAGCAGCGCCGGGCGGCGGAAGCGAGCGGCGCCGCUGAAAAGAAGGCAAGGGACAGCGAGCAGGAGGCGGAGCGCGCGGCGGAGGCUGCCCGUGUGGCGGAGCGGGAGGCCAAGGAGCGCGAGGAUGACGAGAGGAGACAGCGCGAGCUGUGCGAGCUCGAGCGCCUCGUACAGGAACAAGCUAGGCGGGUGAGCGGGGUGGAGAACAUGUUUGAGCCGCUUAUCGAAUGUGCGCCGAGCGCCGGCUCGGCCUCAUCGUUAUCAAGCGUUGCGCCUGCUUCUUCUGGAGGUGCUGAGGAGGCCCCGAGCCCCUCUGACACCCCCGGCGUGGCUGUCGACUCAUCUCACGUCGCGGGCACACCUCCGGCUUCUGCGGAGCCCGGCACGACAGCGUACAGAGGCCGAGCCGACACGUCAGAGUCGAUCUACGCAUUCAUCACUCGCCGUCUGAACGCGCUGGAGGGGAAUACGACGCUCGUGGCUCGAUACAUCGACGAGCAGGCCAAGGCGCUACGAGCUGCGCUCGAGAGGGCGGAGCAGCGCUGGGAAGACGAGCGGGGCCGCGAUGCAGCGCGGUACGACGUCGACCGCAUGCGUCAAGAAGACCGCCUCGGUCGCCUCCUCGUGCAGAUGGAGCAGAUGCGCACUGCAUUCGACGCUGAGCGCCGCACGACUGAGACGCAGCUCCAGCUGCUCGCGGACGAGUUGGGCUUUGAGCGCCGCCGCUCUCUCGCGCAAUUGGUCGUGCUGGUGUCCAUCAUCGUACUCGGGGCCUUGAGCCGCGGCGAGGCGAUCGACGCGCUGCUGCGCCCGCUGAGCUCUGACUCAGUCAAGCGGAGACGGGAUGCGACGCGGGACAGAGGCAAGCGGUUAUCGACGGGCCCACUGGCAGGGCUGUUGAUCGACGUCGGGGGCGCGGAAGAAACCGAGGAGCUCGCGAGCCCCACGACGCCGCGGAUGAAGCGCAGACCGCUGCCGCUGAGCCUGAAGCGGCGCACGCCGGGCACGCGGAGCAUCAGCGCGGCUGAGCCGAGCGCGUUGUUCGAAGAUCGCGAGUCCCCGCGGCCACUGCAGCGGGGGCGGAUUUCGACCAUCACCCCGCGCCCGCGGCGACUUGCUAGAUCCUCGCAUCUGCACGCUAUGCGGCGGCGAGACGGGAGCGCGAGCGAGGCGGAUCCCGAAGAUCGCGGCACGCCGACGCCACGCCCGCGGCUCGACAGGCUCGAGAGCCACGGUGCGUCUGGUGGAGACGAGGGGAGCACUAGCGAUGUAGAGGAGGUGUUGAGUUCGGAGGAGGAGGAUGUCCCGGGAAGCGGGCGCGUGCGGAUAGUGGGCGUGAGUGGCAAUGCAGGAUGGCGAGAUGACGGCUCAUAUAAUCACGGACGUGAGGAUGUCGCUCGGAGUUUAUGAUAUACCCAGCACAAUCAUACCAUUAUGUAUACCGAGUAAUCUACGUUACAACUGCCCCAUAGCAGUACUAUGUCAUGAGCAUGAAGGAGCUCU